AUGCAUGCUGCGUCGCUGGCAUACCUGUCGGCGGGGCUGUUCAUGGGCUGGAACGCGCCGAUGCUGCCGCGGCUGCAGCAGAACUCGUCGCACAUCGUGCUGACGGAGGACGAGGCGUCGUGGCUGGGCUCCGUCGGCUCGCUGGCGUUGGUGCCGACGGUGGUGGCGGCCGCGGUGCUCGUGAACACGGUGGGCCGCCGCUGGCUGCUGCUCGCGUCCGCCGUGCCCUUCCUGGCCGCCGCCAUCUGGGAGCGCUUCGCCACCACCUUCGGAGAGCUCAUGACCGCCGUCGUCGUGGCCAGUCUGGGCAUAGGCCUCGUCAUACCGGUGUCCCCCGUGUACCUGGCCGACAUCGCGGAGGACAGGAUGCGCGGCCUGCUGGUCACCAUGGGCUCUCUGAUGAGCAGCGUCGGCAGUCUCCUGACCAACGCUGUCGCUCCCUACGUGUCGUUCUUCACCCUGUGCGAGGUCCUGAUGAUCUUCCCAGUCGUCUUCGUAGCCGCCUUCUGGUGGAUGCCCGAGAGUCCGUACUUCUUGGUAGCCAAAGGGCGCACUCAGGAGGCUGAGAGAGCGUUGAUGAGGCUGAGGGGCAAGGACUCGGAGAAGGACGUGAGGGCCGAGGUGGAGUCCAUCCAGAAGGUGAUCCAGGAGGAGUCGAAGGACCGCAGAAGCGCCGCCGACGGCCUGCGGGAACUCAGAAGAAGCGCUGUUGCUCGCAAAGCUUUUGCGGUGGUCGCCACGCUCACCACGCUGAACAUCUUCUGCGGCAGCCCCGCCAUAGGCGCGUACGCGACGCAGAUCUUCCUGUGGAGCGGCAGCUCGCUCGACUCCGACGUGUCGACCAUCGUGGUGAACUCGAUCCAGACGAUCUCCUCCCUAAGUUCGUCGCUGCUGGUGGACCGCACCGGUCGGCGACCGCUGCUGAUGUUGUCCUACACGGGCAGCUCGAUUUUUAUGAUUGCUGAGGGCAUCUAUUUCUACCUCAAGGAGCAUGGCAGUGAUGAACUCGUGGAGAGCCUCUACUGGUUGCCUCUCACAGCUCUAAUUUCAUUCCACCUGCUGUUUAACAUCGGCGCCAACGCGCUAAUAUGGGUGGUGGCCAACGAGCUGGUGCCGGACGGGGUGCGCAGCCUGACCAUCUCGUUCAUCGCCGUGUGGAACGCGGUGCUCACCUCGGCGACCAUCAAGCUCUUCCAGGUGGUGAGCUCCGCGCUGGGCACCUACGUGUGCUUCUGGUUCUUCGCGGCGUGCGCCGCCACGGCGCUCCUCUUCACGGUCUUCUUCAUCCCGGAGACGAAGGGCCGAUCGCUGGAGGAACUCAACACCGAGAUGAGGGCCCAGGCCGCUGCGGACCGUGCCAGACACGACGCCAAAGACAGAUCGUAG